AUGAUUAAGGAAUUUAAGAAGGUAAUGAUGUCGGAAUAUGAAAUGACCGACCUUGGUGCCAUGAAGUACUUCCUUGGCUUGCAAGUCAAGCAAAGCCCAGGAAGAAUAUUUCUCUCACAGGAGAAAUAUGCAGACAACCUACUUAAGAAGUUCAACAUGAGUGAAUGCAAGCCAUUGGCUACAACAAUGGCACUUAAUGAAAGACUAUCAAAGAAUGAUGGCAAAGAGAAGGUUGAUGCAUCAAUAUAUCGAAGUCUGGUUGGCUCUCUCAUCUAUCUUACACAUACAAGGCCUGACAUAGUACAUGUUGUCAGCAUCAUAUCCAGGUUCAUGAGUGAGCCAAAUAAAGCUCACCUGGUAGCAGCAAAAAGGAUUCUCAGGUACGUCAAGGGAACAAAAGGCUAUGGAAUUCUAUACGAAACAGAAGAGAAUCACAAGCUUACAGGAUUCAUAGACAACAAUUGGGCCGGAAGUAUUGACGACUAA